AUUAAGUGGGAUGUUAUGUCUUGGACUCCUGAUGGUUAUGUGGCCGUGGUAACUAUGACCAACUUCCAAAUGUACCGGCACAUAAUGAGUCCAGGGUGGAGCUUGGGGUGGGUUUGGGCCAAGAAAGAAGUGAUAUGGUCUAUGGUGGGGGCCCAAGCCACAGAGCAAGGAGAUUGUUCAAAGUUCAAAGGUGGGAACAUGCCACACUGCUGUGAAACUAAUCCAUCAGUGGUUGACUUGCUUCCUGGAGUCCCUUACAACCAGCAAAUUGCCAAUUGUUGCAAAGGGGGUGUUGUGGCCUCUUGGGGCCAAGACCCUUCGGCUGCUGUCUCUUCUUUCCAAGUGAGUGUGGGCCGUUCUGGCACUUCCAACAAGACUGUCAAACUACCCAAGAACUUCACUUUAAUGGGCCCUGGGCCUGGCUACACUUGCAGCCAGGCCAAGAUUGUUAUUCCCACUCCUUUCAUCUCAGCCGAUGGUCGUCGGAAAACUCAGGCUUUGAUGACUUGGAAUGUUACAUGUUCCUACUCACAGCUACUGUCUUCAAAGUACCCAAAAUGCUGUGUCUCCAUGUCAUCAUUCUACAACUCCACCAUCACUCCUUGUCCAACUUGCGCUUGCGGUUGUCAAAAUAAGAACAAUUGUGUUAAAAGUGAUUCAAAACUUUCAAGUGUUGUGGGAUUGCACACACCUAGGAAAGACAAUGACCCAUUGCUUCAAUGCACACAACACAUGUGCCCAAUUAGAGUCCAUUGGCAUGUGAAGGUUAACUACAAGCAGUAUUGGCGUGCCAAGAUUGCAAUCACAAAUUUUGAUUAUCGAUAUAACUAUACACAGUGGACCCUUGUUGCUGAGCACCCCAAUCUGAACAAUGUCACCCAAGUUUUCAGCUUCAACUACAAGCCAAUUGUCCCCUUCCAAUCCAAGAAUGAUACUGGUCUGUUUUUUGGGCUAAAAUUCUUCAAUGAUGUACUCAUGGAAGCUGGGCCAAAUGGGAAUGUUCAGUCAGAGAUAAUUAUGGAGAAAGACUUAGACACAUUCACAUUUAGAGAAGGUUGGGCUUUCCCUCGAAAGAUCUAUUUCAAUGGAGACGAGUGCAUGAUGCCUCCUCCUGAUUCCUACCCACGCAUGCCCAAUUCGGCCCAUUCAUUUCUACCAAACUUGUCUCUCUUUUGGGUUCUGCUUGCUCUAGUGUUUUUUUAAUCAUAU